CUUGAAAUCCAAUGAAAAAUACACAAAAAAUGGGUAACUUAAGCCUAUGCCUAGUUUUCUUAGUUUCCUUGUUAGCUAGUACUGCCACCGCCCAACAAUGUGGACGGCAAGCAGCUGGCCGGACUUGUGCCAACAACCUUUGUUGCAGCCAGUUCGGUUACUGUGGCACUACAGAUGAAUAUUGUUCACCUUCUAAAAGUUGUCAAAGUAAUUGCUGGCCUAGUGGUGGCGGUGGAGGCGGUGAAAGUGCGUCCAAUGUGAGGGCUACUUAUCAUUUCUACAACCCUCCACAAAAUGGGUGGGACCUAAAUGCUGUGAGUGCUUAUUGCUCAACUUGGGAUGCAAACAAGCCCUUGGCCUGGCGCCAGAAGUACGGAUGGACGGCCUUUUGUGGACCAGUAGGGCCUCGUGGCCAAGCAUCUUGUGGAAGAUGCUUAAGGGUGACAAACAGAGGUACAAGAGCUGAAGCAAUUGUGAGAAUUGUUGACCAGUGCAGCAACGGAGGCCUAGAUUUAGAUGCGGCUGUGUUCCAGCAGAUUGACACGGAUGGAAGAGGCUAUGCGCAAGGCCACCUUAUGGUAGAUUAUCAGUUUGUCAACUGUGGGGAUUGAAGCACUCAAAGCCUAUUCAAAUGAUGUAAUAAUAAGAGAUUUCCUCUUAUAAAUCAAGCUGCAUAAGGAAUAAAAAGCAAUUGAAGUUAUUGAAUAACAGCAAAAGAAAUAUUAAUGUAUCAAUUGUGUCAUGUCUUUUAACUCUUAUAAUAGAUAUGUUAUAUAUGUUCACGAA